GACUAAUUUUUCAUCAAGCGGCGACAAAUUUCGCAAUGAUUUUCCAUUUCCUGUGUUUACUUUCAAUUGGGCUUGCAGCUGCAAGCCCUGUAGUGUCUGAUCUUACGAUUGAUGAAGAUGUCUUGAAACAAUUAAAAAUUCGUCUCAAAGAAGCAACGAAAAUCAGUGACGAAGGGGAUGAUAUAGUUAUAACAGCCAUCGUCAACAGUUAUGCCGAUAAAAUACUCAGAAAUAUUGACCAAUACAUGGCAAUACAAAAAUUUGAUCCCAUGGCCAUGCCAGAUAUUUCCGAAAAAUUUGAAAAGUUCUUUGUGAGUGGUGAAUUCACAUUGAAUCAAGGAGUUAUGACAGAUGCUUCAACCCUACACAGAGAUGGAGCCUGUACAGUAUCAUACAACAAAAGUUCAGAGAUUUUGGUAGUGGAUAUUCCUUUGGCUUUCACAGAUUUGAAGUUUAAAUACAGCUACAGGGUGAAAUACAUGAAAAUCGGGCCCACAGGCACUGCUGACGGACAAGUGACUAAUUUGAGAAUGAGAGUUGUUUUAUCUGCAGAUUUGAACACUUUUUUGAUGAAACUGAACAAAUAUGAUAUUGUUAAUGCUGGAAAAAUGUCAUUGAAAUUCCAUGGUAACUUAGUUUACGAUUGGCUCCUCAACCUGAUGACCAGUGCAAGUACGAUUGCCGUUAAACCUAUCAUUUUAACACUGGUAGAAGUAAUUGUUAAAGGAACAUUAAAAAGCCUCAUCACAACCAUCAAUAAUCUUGUCCAGGAAAUAUUAGGCCCAGAUGGGUUAUUCCAGUUGUUGAUUUGAUCAAAAGUAAUAUAAACAAUUAUCUACAUAUAUUGUAAUAAAAGUAUUACUAGUU